UUCCAUUCCCAAUUCGUAUCCAACGUCCCCUUCUUCAACUUGAGCGGUGCCAAGUGGUGAAAACAUGUGGUGCCUUGCCAAUUGAUGGAGAUGUGGAUAUACUGUGGUGAAGUUGGUGAACACUGUAAGAUUCAAUUAACCAACUGUGAUCCCGAUUCGCUACAAAAAGCUAUUUACAUAGGGGCUUCUGUGUAUUAGAGGACCCAGCGGUUUCAAUCUUUUGCAAAUAGACGAGAUUUCUGCAGAAGGAGGGUAAUUAUUUUGGCUUUUGGGUUUAACGCGGUUGGUUGGUGGUGUUUUCGUUAAAUCAUGCCUCAAAUACAGAAGCUUUAUAAUGCCUGUAAAGCAUCUUUAUCUCCAACUGGACCGGUGUCAGAGGAUGCUCUUGGAAAAAUUCAAGCUCUCUUAGAUAAAAUCAAGCCUUCGGAUGUAGGUCUGGAGCAGGAAGCACAAUUAGUACGUAGCUGGACUGGUCCUGUUAAUGAACGCAACGGUGCCAAUCGAUCUUUGCCACCAAUUAAAUAUAUUCAUAUUCAUGAGUCUGAUAGCUUCUCCAUGGGGAUAUUCUGCAUGCCAUCUUCCUCCAUCAUUCCCCUUCAUAAUCAUCCUGGAAUGACUGUGUUUAGCAAGCUUCUUUACGGAUCAAUGCAUGUAAAUGCGUAUGAUUGGGUCGAUGAACCACCUUCGCCAUCAGAUGCAUCCCAAGGAAAUUUCUCCCGAGUUCCACCCCCUUCACCAAAAUUCCUGGAUCCGCCACAAAUGUGGGGUGCACUGGUUUGGUCUGGUUUUAUAUAUUUAAAAUUCAGAAGAGUAAUUCUCUUACAGCCGCUAUGCUCUAUGUGGUGGAGUUCAGCGAGACCUGCAAAGCUCGUUAAAGAUGGUAUAAUGACCGCUCCCUGUGGGACGACCAUUCUGCAUCCAACCAAAGGAGGCAACAUCCAUUGUUUUGAUGCCAUAACUCCUUGUGCCAUCUUUGACAUCUUGUCACCACCUUACUCUUCUGAGGAUGGGCGGCACUGCACUUAUUUCCGGCGGUUAACUGACAUAGAUCCACCAGGUACGAUUGAAGUAGAUGGCGAAAUAUGCUCCGAAGUUGCGUGGUUAGAAGAAUUUCAACCGCCUGAUGAUUUUGUGAUCCGGAGGGGUCGGUACAAAGGUCGUGUUAUCAAGACUUGAAAUUGUUUUUACCGGAACAAAUUGAACAUUCAAAAAUUGGGCAGCAUCUGAGGUGCAAAAAUUGGAUAUGGUUUCUAAGAUGCUAUAGGACAAUAAUGUAAUCCUAUUGGUUAUUAUGCAGACUUUGCAAAUCAUAUACAACAUGAUAUAGUGUCCAGUUAUUAAUAUCUCUGGUUCUCAUUACUCUA